AUGCCAACCGCGGCACGUAUUUUGCCGCCCCCGGAGAGACGGACGCAGUCGGGAAUGAUUAAAGGCCGGCGGCGGCGGCUGCUGCGGGGGCGGGUGGACCCGGAAAGGCGCCAACGCAUAAAUUUCGAGCCGGCGUCCCCCCACCCCGCCCCUCCCGCCACCAUUUACGUAUCGGUUCUCCCCCGCUCCGGAGCCCCCGCCGCCGCCACCCCCAGAUCGAAAAUUGGACCGGAGCCGAAUUUAAAUCAGGCGGCAGAUAUGCCUCGCGGCCAAAGUUCCGUCGAGAGUCCAGAGACCCGGAGAAUGACAGGCGGGAAGCGUUUCGGAUCCGGAGAAAACGAACCCGGCGGGGUGGAGGGCCGUUCCAGGGGCGGCGCGGACGUUUUUAUACAAACAAUCUGUCCUCCGCGAUUUUUGUCGUCGCCGUCCCCCGAAGAACAAAAGCCCGCCGAAUUAUCGCUGCCCCCCGGGGGGGCAAGACCCCGUAAGUCAUUAGCGAGCGUUUUUCUCCGUUACGCUAUCGGGUUUCCGCCGCCGCCGCCUCCUCCCCCUCCGCCGGACACACAAUGCCCGCCGCAGGGGCGGGGGACGAACGGGUGGGGUUCCGGUGGGCGGCGACCCGCCCGCACCGCCACCGAUGACGGAGGCUAUGCGGGAUUAUGUAUGCCGCCGACGAAAGGUCGUUAUUUAUAUUGCGGGAGGCGGCGGAAGGCGCCGCCGCCCCCGGGAAUUGCGUAA